AUGGACAUUGCGGAAUCAUUGUUAAAACUUUUCAAUAAAUCGUUGGCAACGGGUGAAAUACCAUCGGGUUGGAAAGAUGCAAUCAUAGUGCCACUCUUCAAGAGAGGAGAUCGUUGCGACACAGGAAAUUAUAGACCAAUCAACCUCACAAGCAUUUAA